AAUACAAUUACUUUAUCCAUUGAUAAGAAGAGAUUACCUGUUUAAGAAUCCUUAAACGCCGCAUUUUGUAUGAAUACCACAAUCAAUACCUUGAUCAACGAGUUAAUGUAUUUCCCAUUGCAAAUGCAAUUCUGUUUGAUACUGAUUGUCUGAUUUGAAAUUUGCUUUGAAUUUUUUUUCAAUUUUUUACUGUCGAAGAAAUAAGUAUUUAUUAUAUGGUUUGUUUAUGCAAACAUCUCGAUUGGUAAUUUUGCAUAAUAAAACGAGAUCAGGACUUACGCUUGCUACCGAGAUGUGGUCGUUCUAUGUUACGCAAUUCUUAGAAGUGCUUUAUUUAAAACAGUAGAACUGCCAAUGAGCCUUUAUUGUUUGAUACAAAUUAAACGACUUUAUAGGGCAUUAACCUGAAAUAAUUGAUCUUUGAAAUGCCAUGAAGCAUAAUGACGACGUCGUUCAACAAAAAAUGACGAGUUGCGAUUAUAUAAAAAUUGAACGCACUCAAACUGUUUGCAAACACGUGAACAAUUUGCAUAUUCUAAAAUGGAUGACACAAAGGCAGAUAACAUCAAGCAUUCGAAAAAUAUAAGAAACCCAUUAUGGGAAAUAUGUUUGUGUGACACGCGUUCACAUGUGUUAUAGAUCAAUUAAGUUUCCAUUUGCAAACGCUCUUAAUAGAUAUGAAAUCAAAUCUAACUAGACACGUGUAGAAAAAACAUAUUACUUUUUGAUUCCACGCAUUUGCUUUCUUACAUUUCACCUAUAUAAUGUGAAGCAAGAUACAGCAUGUACGAAACUAGGAUGUACGUGAUCUUGCAAUAUGUUUCAAUAAAUUUUAUAUUAGAUAUCUUAUCGAAGUACCUUUUAGUCCACUUAGACAAACUGGCAUGGAUUGUGCUUCAUUAACAAUUAAACUUGUGUUGCCUGCGGCACGUUAUCUUUCCGGUAGAUUUUCUCUCCGACUGUUUUUUGAUUUAGAUUUUCUUUAUGGUUUUAGACGAUGUCAGAAAUUAAGUCGACAAAGUGGUCUCCCCUGAAACUAUCCUUUUCCGCCAUUACGGUGCUCCCUAGUAAAUAUCGCCGAAAUCGCGAAAGCUUAUCCAGCCGCUAUGCCUUACGAAAACUGUAGGGGCAGACAAUGUGUCGUAGUUGGGUGCAGCAAUAACCAGAGAGACCUGUAUCGUUGGAAAAAUACAAUAUGUGCUGAACAUGGCGAACAAAAUGAGAAUUGUAUAUGCCUUGCUCCGUUCAAGUUCCAUUGUUUACCUCUGAACGCCGAGCGAAGACGAGAGUGGUUGGGUGUUAUCAACAGGAAAGAUUUCAAUCCAGCAAGCAAAGCCGUGGUUUGUUCCCUGCAUUUUGUAGAUGGGCUGCCAACGAAGAAAAACCCGCUGCCUACCGUCAACAUGGGCUAUGAAGUGACCAAGACGCCAAAGCCAAGACGUCAGCUGGUCAGAAGAGCGCUGAUGCCUGUGGGCGACAACAUGAAGCUGGAGCCCUCCGAGCCCAUGUUUUCUGCCACUAUGUUACCACCGGAUUAUGUAAAUGACAUUAGUUAUGAACAGAUUGAGUGCAAAACAACAUGCUGUCUAAAAUAUCCAGGUUUUUGCAACAAUGUGCCGAAGAUGGUAGAGGCUAGCACCCAGACUGAUGAUUUAAUUAGACUUGACCAUCCAUAUGCGUAUCAUAAAACCACUAAAUGUGCAUCUACUCAACAAACCACACCAGAAUUCAGCAUUGAUGACAUUUCUUCAGACACUGAUGCACGCUUUUAUACAGGACUUGACUAUAGUGUACUGAUGGCCCUAAUAGCUAUGAUGAUUCCAUUUGGUAAAGCUUUAAGUUAUAAAUUAAACAUUUCAGAUCAAAUUUUAUCUGUCUUGAUGAGACUGCGGCUAGGUUUGACAUUUUUUGAUAUUAGCAGGCGCUUCAACAUUUCAAGACCAUUAGUCGCCAACAUAUUUCACACAUGGAUUGACAUUUUGGCUGUAAAGUUGAGUGACUGUGUAGUUUGGCUACCUAGAACAUCUAUAAGAAGAACAUUGCCUUCAUCAUUUGUAGACACUUAUCCAAAGACAACAUGCAUUAUUGACUGUACUGAAGUUUUUAUUCAGCGACCGUUCACUUUGAAAGCUAGGAAUCAGACGUACAGCAAUUAUAAAAGUCAUAAUACUGCCAAAUUUCUUGUAGCUAUUGCUCCAAAUGGGUACAUUAUGUUUGUGUCAAAAGCAUAUGGCGGGAGAGCUAGUGAUAAUUUUAUCACUAAAUCUUCAGGUUUCUUGGAAUACUUAUUACCUGGCGAUGAAGUUAUGGCCGAUCGAGGGUUUACUAUAGGCGAAGAACUGUGUGCUAGACAAGUUAAAUUGAACAUUCCAGCAUUUAUGAAAGGAAGAACACAGCUAUCUGCACAAGAAACCAUUGCAUCAAGGCGUAUCGCAUCUGUACGAAUACAUGUUGAAAGAGCCAUAAAUAGACUGAAAUGCUUCAGAAUAUUAAGUACAACUUUGAAUAUUAAAUCAACCACAAAACUUGAUAAGAAAAUGCGAGUGAUUGCCGCCCUUUGUAAUUUGCAGGGCUCCUUAAUUAGAGAGAAUACUUCUGAGGAUUGAAGAAAUGUUUUUCAUUGUUUUAAAGAGAGCCUUAAUUAGUACAUCCAAGAAUGCAUAUUGUCAAUAGGAGCAACUAAUGAAUGAGUCAGAUACAGAAGAAUGAAAAUGAACACAAUAUAUGUUUUAGUACAUGUUUUAUUUUAACCAAAAAUAUUCAUAAUAGCACAUGCAUUUCUCUACUAUUCUAUGGGCAAGUUUAACGUUCAGUUUCACCGAGUAUUAGAAUGUAGCUUUAGUGAUUUAAAUUCAUAUUUAUUAUUUAUUCUACAAUUAAUAAUUAUAAUGAUAGUCAUUUUCUGAGAAAACUGGGUAUAAUACAUGUGUGUAAAUUGUCGUCCCAGAUUAGCCUGUGCAAUCCUCACAGGCUAUUCAUGGAAAACACUUUCCACUUUUUUUACAUUUUUCGUUUAAUUGAAGUCUCUUCUUAGCAAAAAUCCAAUUUAGGCGGAAAGUGUCGUCCCUGAUAAGCCUGUGCGUACUGCACAGGCUAAUUUGGGAUGAUACUUGACGCCAAUGCAUUAUGCCCUGUUUUCUCAGAACGCGACUCAUUAGUACUCGUGUGGUUAUGGUUAUCAUUAUUUCAUUAUUCAGGAAAUAUAAUAGAAAUGUUAAUAAAUAAUCACUUAUAUAUAUUAACCUAAA